AUCUAUGGAUAGUAUCUGGGUGACUGGAGUUAAGUCUUGGGACAAAAACGGCCACAAAGUUGUCUUAAAGAUACAAGGUCCUCUUUUUAAAUCAUGCGUUAGAGAACGAUUUUAGUGUUGCUAAUUUGGCGUCGAAUAAGCAAUGUUUUAUGUUCAUUUAGAAAGUGUUCAGAAUCCUAUAUUUUCAGUGUGAGUUAUAUGCUAGCUAAGCUUUUGUAUGUGCUUCGUCCAGUGUUUUUGUUGACGUCCAAGUACGAACAUAUCUACAGUAUUGUAACGUUCCAGAAUCUUUGCCUGGACCGCUCAGUCCGGCGUCAGUCAAGAUAAUGGAAAACGUGAUGAAAGAACACUGCUGCAAUAAUCCAGCAAGCACAGCAAAUGACAUCGACUCAGUUGAUAUAAAGACUGAAAUAGAUGAGGUGUGCAUUGACUGCACUGAACAGAUGAAAGAUCAUGUAAAUGACCAGCCAGCAAACCUAGCAGACAGUUUCGAUUCAUCAAAGGAGGAUUCUGAGUCUGAUGUAGAAUUCUUCUCUUGUACACAAUGUAAGAGUAGCUUCCGUACCAGGUCGCACUUCCAAAUGCACCUGACCAGACACCCAGAUAAAACCCUACACCAUUGCAUGGAGUGUGAGAAGAGCUUCCCUUAUGAAUCGCUCCUAAAGCAGCACCUAGCGAUGCACAACACAAACCGAACCUAUUCCUGCACACACUGCCACAAAACCUUUCGGUCGGCAUCGUGCCUACGGAAGCACCUGACAACGCACAGAGACAAGACUCACUGUUGCAAAGAGUGCGAUAAGAGAUUCUAUUCUGCAUCUCGCCUGAAAAGUCACAUGAAAACACAUCGUGGAGAAAAGCCACAUGUUUGCACCACCUGUGGGAAGGGUUUUACCCGACCGGACAGUUUAAAGAAUCAUCAGCUCAAUCACCAAGGACAGAAGCUGCACGAUUGCCAGGUCUGUGGAAAGAGCUACAGCGUGCUAAAGUUUUUUAAAGAACAUAUGAAAGUCCACGAGGGUCGUCACACCUGCCCCCAGUGUGGGAAGAGCUACGCUUUCCUCUACAACUUGAAAAUGCACGUGUCAGCAAAACACGGAGAGGAGAAAGCGUUGCCGUGCUCUGAAUGUGGGAAGGUUUUCGUCUCAGAGUUCCGCCUGCGAAAGCAUCAGACGAAUGUACACAGAAUUUCCUUUCACUGCCCUGAAUGUGGGCGGAACUUUUCAACACUGUCCAUAUUGCAGGAGCAUCAGUCUAACCAUACAGGUAUAAAACCCCAUUCCUGUGAUGUGUGUGGAAAGUGUUUCGGUCUUCUGGAGAGUCUUCAGAGACACCGAUACACACACAGGCCCAAGCCAAAACAUUCCUGCCUCUGUGAGGAGUGUGGAAAACUCUUUCUUAACCUCGCACAACUUGCCAGUCAUAAACCUGUUCACUCCAGUGUUAAGUUGCACACUUGUGAGGACUGCGGUAAAAAAUUCAAAGGGGUCGGAGGUUUGAAACAACACAGCCGCACUCACACGGGGGAGACCCCGUUCUCCUGCAAAGAGUGCGGUAAAAAGUUCACACAGUCGAGCUCCUUGAAAUGUCAUAUGCUAACGCACACAGGAGAGAGAUCAUUUUCGUGCAUGGAGUGUGGCAAGACGUUCAACAUUGCUCGGACCUUACGGCUCCACAUGCGCAUUCACACAGGAGAGAAACCACAUAAAUGCCCUGAUUGUGGGAAGGAAUACCAUCACUCCCAGGGCCUCAGAAUGCACCUGCUGUUUCAUAAGGGGGAGAGACGGCACAAGUGCACUUACUGCCACAUGAGCUUCUUCCUGCCGGGGCAUUUAAAAGCACACAUCCGGCUGCAUACUGGAGAAAAACCUUACCUCUGCUCUAGCUGUGGGAAGAGCUUCAACCGGGCAUGGAAUCUAAAGCAACACAAGAAAAUAUGUCAGUGAUUUCCCCCUAGUAUUACUGUGUGUCAGCAUUUGGUGUGUGUCAGUGCCUAUGAUAAGAUGUGCUCUGUGCCCCAACCGGUCGCGUAAUGAAUUAAAUAAAAGCUCUGAAGUGUUUUACAUUGAACUUGCACUGCGGUUGUGGUGCUUUAAUCCAUAUGUAAAUGGAUUAAACCCUUGUGUUGUUGUGGUAACAAAGUACAUGUGAAUCAGAUGUGAGCAUGUCAUUGUAGCGGAUAAGCACUGUAUUCAUUCCUGUUAACAUUAAAAAAAGAAAUAAAAACGUACAAUUACUGCCCUCUACUCCACGUUGUGUUGCAAAAUUCCAACUAAUCCGUCCUGAAAAGGUGCACCCCUCUAGCAUGGCUGUUACUGAUGUAGCUCUUCCCCAUAGUGAUGUGUAUAUCAUAAAUUAUCAGAUAAAAUGUACUUGUGGAAACUCAUCCAAAAUAAUCUGCUGCUGAUUGAUUUGCUGACUCAGACAAAGGUGUGUGCUUAAACACUCGUCUACUGUGAUACUUGCUAAUGCUUGAUUAACUGUCUAAUCUACCUCCGUGCACAGGAUAUGGUAGACUUAACAAAUAUACAUUGCUGCAUUGUAUGUUUCUAUUAAGUUAAACCCUGUGUAAUUCCAGACAACCUGAGCAUACCUCAGUAAAACUACUCUCAUGUCUACCAAGGUAAAUCCCUCCCUCUUACUCUAGUGUUUCAUACCUCAGGUAUAAAUCUAAGCAAGAGACGGAGAGCAACGUGUCAACUUUGAAUGAAACCUAAUCCAUGGUCUACUUCACCUACACCCCCAGGGGGUUCAUUUGGCCUGCUCAUUCUCUCUAUGGCACUCAGGUAUGCCCUUACAUGCGGAGUCUGUCAUUUCCACCCUGAUCACUGUUGGGCUCAGGAGCAGGUAGGCGCUAAUUCUGGAAACAUACCUGAAAGACUUUUCAUACUUUAUUCUUCAGGCACACAGACGAUAUCGCAGCCCACAAACUGAACGAUGGUCUCUCUCUUCCUGCUCUUGUGGCUGGUGCCUGGCGCCUUCCUCCAAGAGGACUGCAGUGUGAACUCUUGCCACCCUGAACUGGGGGACCUGAUGGUGGGCCGUGCGAACCGGCUUUCAGCCUCCUCCACCUGUGGACUGAACGGCCCCCAAAACUACUGCAUCCUGGGAUAUCUGGAGGAUGAAAAGAAGUGUUUCAUCUGUGACUCCAGACAGUCCUACCAUCUCUACAAUCAAGAAAGUCAUCGGAUUGAGAAUGUCAUCACAACAUUUGAUCCUGAGCGAAAGACAAAAUGGUGGCAGUCUGAGAAUGGUGUCCAUGAAGUCACUAUCCAGUUGGAUCUGGAGGCCCUCUUCCAGUUUAGCCACCUGGUCCUCACCUUCAAGAGUUUCCGUCCCGCCGCCAUGCUGGUGGAGAGGUCCAAGGACUACGGGCAAACAUGGAAGGUGUUCCGGUACUUUGCGGAGGACUGUGCCUUCCACUUCCCUUGGGUCUCGCUUGGGCCGGCUAAAAGAAUUGACGAGGUCAUCUGUGACGACCGAUACUCUUCCUUGGAGCCGUCUACUGAGGGAGAGGUGGUGUUGAAGGCUUUAGACCCCAGCUUUAACAUAGACGACCCCUACACUCCCCACAUCCAAGAGCAAAUCACAUUGACCAACCUGCGGGUGAAGUUCACUCGUCUCAUCACCUUGGGUGACACCCUGCUACAGCGGAAGAAGAGGAGUCCGCAGGUUAAGUAUUACUACGCCCUGUACGAAAUGGUGGUGCGCGGUAGCUGCUUCUGCCACGGACACGCCAGCAUGUGUAUGCCCGUGGAUGAAAUCCGUGGAGAUGUCUUCAUCGAGCCUGGCAUGAUUCAUGGGCGCUGUGUAUGCCAACACAACACUGUAGGAACCAACUGUGAGAGAUGCCAGGAGUUUUACAACGACGCCCCCUGGAGGCCUUCCAGCCAAACUCACCCACAUGUCUGCAGAAGGUGUAACUGUCACGGUCAUUCUGAGACAUGUCACUUCGACAUGGCCCAGUACCAGGCCAGUGGGGGUGUCAGUGGGGGGGUGUGUGACAACUGCCGACAUGACCGCGUGGGCCCCCACUGUGAACUGUGCCGACCAUACCUCUACCAGGACCCAAGGCUUUCCCUGGAUGACCCUCAGGGCUGCAUACCCUGUGACUGUGACGCGACGGGGUCCCUGGAGAAUGGCCUGUGCGACCCCGUGUCGGGCCGCUGUGUGUGCAAGGAGAACGUGGGGGGUGAGCGGUGUGACCGCUGCAAGUUUGGCUUCUACGGGCUCAGCCAGGAGGACCCGACGGGCUGCCAGAGGUGCACGUGUAACUUCCUGGGAAGUGUCCUGACACCCUACCCAUGUGACCAGCAGACGGGCCAGUGUGUCUGUCAGAGCCUGGCCGUAGGGCCGCUGUGCGACGAGUGCCGGCCAGGUUACUGGGGCCUGGGAAACACUGUCUACCCCUGUUCACCUUGUAACUGUGACCAUGGAGGAGCCUACAGCGACACCUGCUCUUCAGUGGACGGCCAGUGUCAGUGCCGACCCAACAUGGUGAACAGGAGAUGUAGCGAUCCUGCCCCCGGUUACUUCCUGGCUGGUCUGGACUUCUACCUCUAUGAGGCAGAGAACGCUGCCCCACUGUAUCCAAGCUCCCCUAUUUUCAGACCAACAAGACGUCCCGAACCUCGGCCCACAGAACGUCCCAAACCUCGGCCCACAGAACGUCCCAAACCUCAGCCCACAGACCUGCCCGCAUGUGAGGAGUACUACAAACAGCAGGGUUAUGACGUCAAAUAUCAAAAUGGACGCUUUGUGCUGAGCAGGAGAAGCAGGAGAAGCAGGAGCAAAAGACAGUUACAGACAUCACUUCCCUUGGCCCCGGGCUCAGCUCUUCAAAUUGUGCCCCGGGAGAGGACAACAGACAUGCCAGUCACAUGGACUGGCCCAGGAUUUGUCCGUGUCCUGGAUGGGGUGGGUCUUAGGUUCACCGUGGACAACCUCCCAGAGUCACUCGACUACCAACUAGUCAUCCGUUAUGAACAAGAGUCACCAGAUGACUGGAUGGCCUCUGUGAGAAUCACUCCCUUAUCAGCUGGUAAUGGAGAAUGUCGCACUGAUUCCACUGGGGAGAAGACCCUCGCCCUACCUGGGGCUGCCAGGGUUGCCAUAAUGGAUACGCGUGUUUGUCUCAACGCUGGAGCGAGAUAUUAUGUGGACAUCACUUUCAGGAAGCAGUCCAAUUUUAACCCACACUCCAGCUCACAUAUCCUCAUCGACUCAAUGGGCCUAAUCCCUACAAUAGAGUCCGUGCAGGACUUCUGUUCGCAGAGUGAGGUGGACCAGUUCCAAAGAUUCCGCUGUUUUGAGUUGGACUCUGAGCAGAGGAUCCUGCCCGACGUGUGUGAAGGCCUCAUCAGAAGCCUGUCAGCCAGAAUACACAACGGAGCCAUGGUCUGCAGGUGUAACCUCCAGGGUUCACACGGUCCGUCCUGUAGCAAGCUCGGGGGGCGGUGCGAUUGCAAGCCCAACGUGAUUGGCCGAUGUUGUGACUCCUGCGCUCCCUUGACCUAUGGCUUUGGACCUAGUGGCUGUGCACCCUGUGACUGCGACCCUCGCGGUGCCAUCGCAGAGCUGUGUGACCAGGUCAGAGGUCAGUGCCCGUGUCGUAGGGAGGUGGGUGGACGACGCUGUGACCAGUGCCUGCCGGGGUACUUCGGCUUCCCUCUGUGUCGGCCUUGUGAGUGCAACAGCCUGGCUGAACUAUGUGACCAGCACACCGGAGUGUGCCGAGACUGCCGGAAGCACUCCACUGGAGACAACUGUGAGAGGUGUUUGGAUGGUUACUUCGGUGACCCUGCGUCCAGGGAGCCCUGUAAGCCCUGCCUCUGUCCUGACACCCAGUCCAGCGGGCGCUUCUUCGCCAGGACCUGCAACAGGGAUUCCAGGUCUGGAAGCCUGACCUGUGACUGCCUGACCGGACACACAGGUGCCCGCUGUGAUGCCUGCGCCGCUGGUUUCUAUGGCCAGCUGACGAGGCCGGGGGACGGCUGCAGGGUGUGCGUGUGUAACGACAACGCCGACUUGGCUGACCCAGACGCGUGUGACAGUGUUACGGGAGAGUGUCUGCGUUGCCGUCACAACACCCAUGGAGCCCACUGUCAGAACUGUAAGCCAGGCUACUAUGGGAACGCGCUGUCCCAGGACUGCAGAGAGUGCUCGUGUGACCGACGGGGGACGGAGGUCGCCCAGUGCCCUCUGGGUAGCCGUUGUUUCUGCGACUCGCUGACUGGGCAGUGCCCAUGUCGGUCGGGGGUGGUGGGCGUUCUGUGUGACGAGUGUGCCGACGGCUUCUGGAACCUUCAGGGCGGGUCCGGAUGCCAGCCGUGCCAGUGUGACCCGGCCAACUCCCUCAGUAACCACUGUGACAAGGUGACCGGUCAGUGCCAGUGCCGCGCCGAGUUCGGAGGCCGACGGUGUGACGGGUGUGGCGAGAAUCACUUCGGGAACCCCGACCUACAGUGUGUCUCCUGCGACUGUAACAUGGACGGGACCGACCGCCCUGCGUGCGACCCGUUCACCGGUGAGUGCCUGUGCCGCGUUGGCGUGAUGGGCAUCUUCUGCGACGAGUGUGCCCCCGGGUAUGACCAAGCCUUUCCCGCCUGCACCCCAUGCCACCCCUGUGCCCUCCUGGUGGCGAACGAGGUCCACGACGUCCAUCUCGACGUGCAGAGGAUGCGCACCCUCGUCUCUCGCCACAGCGGUCAGCUGAAGCCUGAAGACGGCGGUCGUUUGCGACGCAUGCUGGAGAUGCAAUCCAAGCUGGACUCCCUGGCCAACCUGACAGGAAACUCAGUACCUCGGUUCAAGGCAGCGGAAAACCUGUUUGUUAGACUCUUGAAGCUCAAAGACACCAUUGAUCCUAACACAAUCAUCAUAGACCCGACAUCUGUUCUGAACACUGAGAUUAACAACAUCCGCCAUGAGUUCACCAAACUGUUAAAUAACUUCAAGCACAAUACCAGCAGAGAUCCAGGAUUAAAUACAACAAAAUUGCAGGAGAUCCUGGAAAAGAUCAGGAAGCAUCAUGCAGACUUCCUGACUGAUCAAAAGCAGGUAAAGGAGGCCGAGAGGGCCCUGGAAGACUCCAUGGACACACGGCAGGAGAUAAAAAAUCGUCUGGCCAAUUGUAACAGCUUGGAGGAGAUGGAACAGCUGGAGAACAAGGUCAAGGCCCUCAGUGUGGUUAACCUCAAUGAAAAAAUUUGUGGCGCGUCAAGUGAUGAUGACUGCUCCAAGUCGGAGUGUGGGGGUGCGCUGUGUCCAGACAGAUUUGGAGAGCGUGCUUGUGGGGGUCCUACGUGUGACGGUAGCGUCCCUAUCAGCCAAAAUGCCACAGAAAUAGCUGAGCAAGGAACAAACAAAAUUUUUAUCCUCAUGAGCAAUCUACUGGAGUCCAAGAUGAAGAUAAAUACGACUCAACUGAUUACUAAGAACACCCAGGAGCUGGCUGAGGAGUUAAUGAAAAACAUCACCGACAGCAAGCAGAAGUUUGAGAGGGAGAAGGACUACACCAAGGACCUGAUCAAGAGGGUCAAAGAUUUUCUCACAAGUGAUAUGGUGGCACCAGGGGACAUAGAGAAGGUAGCCAAGGCCGUUCUGGACAUCCAGCUGCCAGGGUCUCCGGGUGACGUCCGCUCCCUGGUCCAGAAUAUCCGGGGUGCGCUAGACAACUUCACUAAGUUUGAUGUGGAUCUGAAGAACCUUGAAGAUCAAACAAAGGUGGCACAUGAAUUGCGGGACAAAGCCAUGGAAGUCAGGGACAGAGCCAAGGGUAUCGAUGUCACCGAUAUUAAGAACAGAAUGGAGGAUGCUACGAAUACCCAGAGAAAGGUUGAGAGAGGCCUGGAGAAGAUCAAGCAAAGCAAUGACACAGUGUUCAGUAUCAUUGAAGAGACUGAGAAGAAAAUAAACAACAGCGAGACCAACUUGAAAUCCACUAGACCCACAGAGUUGCUGAAAGAGAUUAAUGCUCUGAAGAACAAGACAGAGAUGAACCGGGAGCAGACCAAGCAGGCCCAAGCUGAUGCAAACACAGCCCUGGAUACUUCUGCUGAUGCAGAGAAGGAUCUUGAAGAGGUUACAAGGCUAUUUAAUAUGCUAAAAGAGGGGAACACCACCCAGGACAAUAAUGAUGUUGCCAAUGAACGCUUGAAGAACAUUACUAUGGAGGCAAAGAAAUUACAAAAUGAUCUUGAAGAUAAAUUACAACAAAUUGAUGAAUUGGAGAAAAUGAUCAAAGACUCCAUCAAAACACAAGAAGACCAGGCCGAUACGGUCGCCAUGUUGUUGAAUGAAGUGACAGAAAUCAAAGCAAAUAUUAGCUCCCGUGUGGAGGGGUAUUUUACCUGUAGAAACUAAAAUACUAGGUUGAUGAGAAGAUGUGGCAUUCUAGUUUCAAGAAGAUAUAUCACGCACAGACUUUGAGCACUUAUUUUAAUACAGACUUUACCCAUUCGUAAGCAUGCCAUCCAAAGUGACGUGAGCUAAACUGACAAUGUUUAUGAAUGCCUGUGUAAUGAUUGGGCUUGGAAAAUCAAGGUGUUGGAAUAGCAUUCAUACCUAAAGAAAAUUCUCAUAGCCAUUUUCUCCAAACCCCGACCAAUAGUAGUCAAAUAACCAAAUAAAUGUACUUUUACCUAGCUUGUGAUAAAUGGUAUGGAUAUGUUUGUUUUACGUUAAUCAACUAUGAUCAUCUUAUUGAAGACCUGCUCAAUAUGGGCUGUCUGAAACUGGUACUGGUUGAAGAUGGGGUCUCUCAAAUUGUGAGUUCUAUUGUUUUAAAGGAAUGUCCCAAAUACUCUCUAUUGCAGCUAGACAGAGAGUUCCUGUCCUCUCUCUCUUCUUUUCCUUUCUUUUUUUAAUUGUAGUAAUUUAGCAGAUACUUUUGUCUUAUGCAGAGCAACUUAUUGAGUGCAUACAUUUUCAUACUUUUUUUGUUCAUUCUACAACUGUACUUUGCACUGUAAUGUGCAGUUCACUUAACCCUCCCCAAGGUGGUGUAUUUUAUCAUAAAACUGAAAAGAGCUGAGCAAAAAGACCCGU